AUGGAUAUUCCAAAACAUAGUAUAUGUAUUAACCAAUGCCGGAACGUUUCGAGAGUAACGACAAUAGUUUUCGAAACUCCUGAUCCUGAGGCAGUUUAUCUAAAUCGAACUUUCGUGGAAAAUAAAACUGAUAAUGAAACGAACUAUCAAACUAUUUUGGAAACUAAUCUAGAUUUGAACGAAUCUCUAAGUGAAUUCUAUGAUUUCGAAAGGAUGUUGAACAAUACGUUUUCAAAUUUUAGUUACGAAAAUAGAACGUGUACUAGUGAUGUGCAUAGUUAUAACUUGUGGGCGUUAUCUUUACUAGUGUUUCCGGUUUUAACUUUAUUCGGUAACGUGCUAGUUAUUAUGAGUGUAGCGCGGGAGAGGAGUUUGCAAACUGCAACAAACUAUUUUAUAGUAAGCUUGGCUGUUGCGGACCUGUUGGUGGCGGUCGUCGUGAUGCCCUUCGGAGUAUAUUAUUUAUUAAACGGCGAAUGGUGUCUGCCAGCUUUCGUGUGCGACUGCUACAUCGCCAUGGACGUCACAUGCUCAACUUCGAGCAUUUUCAACUUAGUUGCCAUAUCUGUAGACAGAUACAUCGCAGUAACACAACCAAUAACAUACGCUAAGCACAAGAGUAACGCCCGUGUGUGGCUCAUGAUCGGGGUGGCCUGGCUGGUCUCAUGCGCGAUCGGCUCGCCCGUAGUCUUGGGUCUCAACAACACGCCAGACCGUACUCCCAACGCUUGUCUCUUCAACAACACUGAUUACGUCAUCUACUCCUCGCUUGGCUCCUUCUACAUACCGUGCAUCAUAAUGAUGUUUCUGUACUAUAACAUAUUUAAGGCUAUCCGCAAAAGAGCGAAAAAGCAGCGUAUUGCCAAGAAAACCUCAUCGGCCAUCGGCUCCACAAUUUCCAGCGGGACUGCAGCAGUAGUUAUUGAGAACGUCGCUGACAAAAACCGCCUUAAUGACAGUGGAUGUACCUUGCAAGAAGAUAAACCAACAAACACUGCUUCUGGAAGCAACGAAGAUGAGGAAGAUGAAAAGAUUAUGGCAAAUUUAGCAUCACCAAUACCGAUGAUGGAUCCAAACACAAACAAUGAUUCUGGCUACGUACCUUCAAACAUAGAAAUAGAGAAAGAUCACACACCCCCACCGUCCCCCAAUAAAAAAGAAGAUAAGAAGAGAGAAGAGAACAAUGCUGUACUAAAGAAACCUCAGCUAAAAAAGAAACUAAGUCGAAUUAGCGCUAGUUCGGUGAUCAUCACUCCUCGAAAACGCUUCAAGAGUGCGGCUUCGGCAGCUCGCUUCACAAUAUUCCGUGCAAACAGAGCUGGCAAACUGCGAGCCAAGUCGUUUGCCAAGAAAGAAAAAAAGGCUACACAGACCCUUGCAAUUGUCUUAGGCGUCUUUCUCUUUUGCUGGGCCCCAUUUUUUACCUGCUCAGUAUUAGACGCCCUUUGCACGAAGUUCGAACUCUCCUACUCGCCGGGCGUCACCGUUUUCAUCUUCACCACGUGGCUUGGCUACAUCAACUCGUUCCUCAAUCCAGUCAUCUAUACCAUUUUUAAUCCCGAAUUUCGAAAGGCUUUUCGAAAAAUACUACACUUUAGUGCAUAG